GGAUUAUAGUCACUUGUCCGGCCCAGAGCGUGUGCUUUCGCCAUUAUGUAAGAGGGCAACGGGUCUAAACCCAUCCAAGUAAUAAAGAACAUACAGGAUCGGCUGUCUGAACAGUGUUUGUCCGACCCUGAAAUUUCCUUAGCAGGGGGUAGGGCUCAGUCCAUAAGCAGGGAUAGUGAUGUUGUUUAGCCCCAGGACACAAGCAAAAAAUGUAGCGCUGCUACAGUAGUACCCCAGGCCUGUGCAGUUUUGAGCAAAAGUCUCAGGUCAACAGUUGAUUGUGUCCACGGGUUCCUUAGACCUCCCUACUACCAUGACUACCGCAAUCCUUGAAUGUAUCAGCACGCUAUCCAUCAGUGUCCAGCAGCUGCGCCGCCUUCCUAGGUUCCUCGAAGGCGGCACAACUAAAAUGCCCUUGACCGUGAAGGAUUCUGAUGUGCCCCGUUUGUUCCGGGAACCCUACAUUCAGACAGGGUAUCGACCGACGGACCAAGACUGGAAAUAUUACUUCCUUAGUCUCUUCCAGAAGCACAAUGAAUCCAUCAACGUGUGGACACAUCUGUUGGUGGCCCUGGCUGUGGUUCUUCGCUUUGUUGCCUUGGUGGAGGCCGGUUCUCUUUCCCUUGAUAUUAUAUCUUUGCCUUUCUAUUUAUAUGUGCUGUCCUCACUGACCUAUCUCACGUGCAGCAUCCUGGCUCAUCUGCUCCAGUCCAAGUCAGAGCUGGCUCAUUACACCUUCUACUUCAUGGACUAUGUAGGAGUAAGCACUUACCAAUAUGGCAGUGCUUUGGCCCACUACUACUACAGUUCCAACCAAGCUUGGUAUGACAAGGCCUGGUACUUCUUUUUACCAGGAGCUGCUUUCUUGGGAUGGAUGUCUUGCGCUGGUUGCUGCUAUGCUAAAUACUGCUAUAAAAGGCCCUAUCCAGUGAUGAGAAAAAUAUUCCAGGUUGUUCCAGCUGGUCUAGCGUACAUGUUAGACAUAAGCCCCGUUAUUCACCGGAUAGUUACCUGUCAUAUGGAAGGCUGCACAGACAAGGCUAUCUGGGUCCACGCUCUGCAGAUAAUAUUCUUCCUCAUCAGUUCCUACUUCUUUUCAUGCCCCGUCCCCGAAAAAUAUUUCCCAGGUUCCUGUGAUUUUGUAGGGCACGGCCACCAGAUUUUCCAUGUGUUUUUGGGCCUUUGCACCCUCUCCCAGUUGGAGGCUCUUUUUAUAGAUUAUCAGACCAGACAUGAGCUAUUUUCUCUAAGAUACAGUUCCAACGGCACCUUGGUGAAUUGCCUCUCGUUCUUCAUGCUCAUAUUAUGUAGCACUGGCACAGCCAUGUAUGCGCGGAGAAGAAUCAAGAACAAGUUGGCCAGAAAAGAACUGUAAGGUGGGACUUUAUAAAGGAUGGUUUGGCCCAAAUCAAUUGGAAGCACUGAUCAGUACAACUAAAGGACAUGUUGGCGUUAGAAGAGGGUGACCUGUUUCAGCCAAGUCCAUUUUAUAGCCCAAUAUAUUGUAAACUCUAGGUCCAAGAGGCUUAACCUCUACAAAACAUGGGUCAACGGCUGGCCCUUGGCUCAUUGAGUUUUAUUUAGGGUCCAAUUUUUAUUUUGUAAAGAAAUGUGGUUGACAUUAUAAAGGGUUUUUUGGCACCCCAAGCAUAGAAUCCUCAUUUACAGAGACGUUCCUCAAGGCCUACUAUACCCAUCUGUAUAUUUGGUACUGUUUGGGGGGGGGGGGGUGUUGUUACUAAGUGUUAUUACUAUCAGCAGUGCACAUAGACAUGGGACAAUGCUGUUAGUGUUCAUGGUAGAAAGAAUGAUCCAAUACUGAGUUGUCCCAUUGAAAAGAACUCAGUGUGGAAGGGCACUUACUUAGGUAUGAUACAUUGUCUUAUUCUGGGGCACCGAAUUAGAGUGGGUCCUAGAAAGUUGGGGUUCCAAUUUAAGGGGGAGGGGUACCUACCUGGCCAAACCUUUAGGGGUCAGCAGUUGUUUAUCUGUAAAUAGAUACCCUGUUGCAAUGUCCAGAUCACAAACAGGGGCAAUCAGGAGGUAGAAUUACAAACACCAGAUGGGUUAUUAUGGGGUAUCUAGACCUGGGGCAAUCUUUGUACCAAAUAUCACCCCCGUGCUACUGAACAUCAUCAUUACACAUGGAUCUCUAUAAGACCAGGGCUAUAAGAAAACAACCACGUCACAUUUUGAAGAAAAGAAGAAUUUUUUUUAGCCCCACCCCCUCCCGUAGGCUACUGCUUGAUUUGUAACUUUUUGUAUUUAAUGUCUGUAACAAAUACUUACUGGGUGCCGAACACCCAAAGUUCUUUUUAUACUUGAAGGGGUGUGUUUUUAGUACAUACGGUGCAGCUUGUUACUGAGCUUUGAGAUGGUUGAGGUACCCGGGAUCCUUCAGAAGGCAACUCCUAGGUCUAAUGAGACCAGCUCGUUAACGAGAAAUUCCGGGGAGGUCCCUGGCACCCCUGGUUCCAUCACCUAUGAACUAUGGUAUCUCUUUAACGUUCUAAGAGAGAUCCAUAAAAAGCACCAAUGUCCCGUCCUGUUUUAUUAACAAUAUUUUAUUAUCACUUGGGACGUGAAACAAGGAUUUUACUUGAUUUAUUUGGGAAAACUGUAACUUUUUGACAUGGGUAUAUGAAGGGAGGAAUAAGUUUGAUGGAUGAACUUAGUUCCCUGCAGAGGGCACUUUUAUAGAUGUUGCUGUUUGAUUGCUCAGCCGCUAACAUGAAUCCUGAACAUUCUCAUGCUCUGAUUGGCUGCUUCCUCCAGCCCCCGAGAAUGUUCCAGUGUACUGAUUGGCUGCAGGUUGGUUCUAGUCGAGGACUCAGAAAUAAAAAGGGUUACAGUAGGUGCUCAAUCCCCAGUGAAAACAACUAAAAGCCUCUCAUAUUGGUACUGUGUAUUGUAUUUAUAAUGUAUACUAAAUAUCUGUAUUGACUAGUUAUAACAAAUAUAUCUCUAUAUGGAAUCAGGUUCCGCUACCUGAGAAACCAAACCAAGUACUCAGCUUGUCCAACAGGGAUCCGUCAUUAAUAUUUACUACUAGACUUGAUUCCUACCAUUUGCCUUAUAACUACUUACUUGCCUUAAGUGUUCCGCUAUAUAGACUGGAGUGAAGCUGGCCAUACCUGCCUUUAGCCGCCACUCCAGGCCCAAGCAUGGGGCCCAAAUGAUGAUUAAUAUCUGGCCAACGAUUGAUGCAGUCGAUGUGUUCAUCUCUUCAUCUGUACAGGCUCCUAUUACCUUCAGUUGGUGGGAUAGAAUGAGCUGAUCCAACAUCGCUGUUGGCCAAAAAGUCAAAGCUUUGAAUGAGCUCAGCGUGGCCCACCAUGUAAUUAUAUUAGUAAAUGGCCAGCUUUAGCCUAGGAAAGGCCCCGAACACCUCCAGCUAGAACGUUGGUCAUCAUUCCUCAUUUAAGUAGCUUGACCUCCAACUCGUACAUUUCCGAUGUAGAUGGAGGCCACAGGUGGAAAAUACCUGGUGUAUUCUCUGCAAUGGGCCUCAUUUGAGGCUGGGGUCCCGGGACGGGUGCCCCUCUCUGCUCUGCCCUACAGCCAGCCUUGUUUGUAGAAGUUUUUCUUAUUCUGUAUCCUAUAUACCAGCCAAACAGCUUCCUAUACCUGAUGUGCUAUCACUAUAGGAACGUGGCGGCCUCCUAUGUCAGGCAUCAUGCCAACCUGGGAGCUGGAUUUAACAGACUUACUCGUGGUGACCAAAUAAAAGGAAUAAAAGUGAA